AGGGGGAGAGAGAGAGAGAGAGCCGGUCGCUAACACUAUGAAUAGAAGCGAAGCCCAGGUCAAGGCGCGCGAAACUCUUCUUUAAGCAGCCAGUUUUUCGAUCUCGAUAUUCCGCAACAUGGCCGCGAUUUCGUCCUGUCACACGCGGUUGGCGCCUCCGGCACGCCAGACUCCCGGAUCGCACGUCAAUCACACCGUGCUCGCGCUGCUGGCGUAUCUCCUGUUGAUGAAAGAUGGUACGAGCAUUUCCUUGACUCAUUAUGCAAACGAUGUAAAUUAUUAUGAUUCAACAAUCAACAACAGCGAUAAUAUAAUUCCUGUAGAGAAAUUCUAUUUCGUGAGGGAACAGACGUGGCAUAAGAAUACAGUAGUGCCAAUCUCCUUAUUGCCAUCUACAAAGGGAAUGCCUGCGAGAUCUCAUCACAGGAUCCGGCAGUCCAUGACUGGACUGGAUGAUGCUGGAAUGGAUCUCCAAGCGGCUCAGCUCAGCAGUCAAUCAGACAAGGGAGUGCAUUCUAAGAUUGCGCUAUCAUGGCUAGAUUGGCAAUUGCCUUUCUUUGUGACGCUUUUUGUCAUCACAGGCACUAUUCUUUUUACAUUUCUAAUCUUGUUAUGGCUGCGGAAACAAAUGUCGCGUGAAAAGGAUACCGAAGAUGGCGAUCGGCACGGUUUAGUAGAGGAAGGUGCCAUUUGCCAGUCAGAGAAGCCGAGUAAAGAUGCAAAGGGAUCUGUAGAAGCCAAAUGGGUUCACGAAGUAUUUGCAAAGCAAUCGACAUCCACACACUCGUUACAACCGGUUGUUCAAACAACAGGUUUACCAGAGGUAAUGUCCGUCGCGACACCUGAACGUAGACCGGAAGCGAUACGUAUAAAAGCGAAGGGAUUAUUGGAACGACGUGGUUCAAGCACAAGUUUGACCAUAGAAUUAGCACAAGCUCCUGAAAGUCCACCGCAUAUGGUCACUCCCACUCGAGAAUGUACGGCGGAAGAAUUUUUAUUAAGCGCAGGAAACGUAUUGUCGAGGGCUCAGCUGAAGAGAGCUGUUAACGACCCACCAACGUUGUACAAAGAAUUUUGGGAGGUGCCAUUGAAUCUCCCAGACAAGGUGGAUGUUUGCGGUGCAGGAGUGAAAAAUCGAUACGUCUCUGUUUUGCCCAAUCCGCAAUCAAGAGUGAUUCUACCAGGUUUCUCCGAUGAUCCUCUUGGCGGCUAUAUAAACGCCAAUUACAUCCGUGGAUACGACGGCGAGGACGGUAGAUAUAUCGCGACACAGGGACCAUUAGCUCACACGAUAGCGGAUUUCUGGAAAAUGAUCUGGGCAGAAAAAGUUCCUGUAAUUGUCAUGAUAACUAGAUUGCACGAAGCGUCUAAACCCAAGUGUGACGCAUAUUUUCCCUUCGACGUAAACAACCGUAUACAAGCUGGAUCCUUCACCAUUAUCGUUAGCUGUAUCGAUAUGAAGGAUGGAUAUGCCAUCAGAACAUUAGAAAUCAAACACGAAGGAGAACGGAGGCAUUUGCGGCAUUAUUGGUACGAUUCAUGGUCAGAUCAUGCUGUACCUCAAACCGCAGAUGCGCUCGUCAGCAUGGCUGCAGAAGUAAACUCUUUACCAGGACCAGUGGUCGUUCAUUGUAGCGCCGGUAUAGGACGGACCGGAUGUUUUAUAGCAUUAGCGAUAGGAAUGAUACAACUCAUGAGAGAUGGAAAUGUCGACGUGCUGGGUAUUCUAUGCCAAAUGAGAUACGACAGGGGAGGAAUGGUGCAAACAGCUGAACAGUAUGAAUUUCUUCAUAGAGCACUUUAUCUUUUUGAGCAGACGUUAGACAGUAGUAAACCGUCGACCUCGAGCGAUUGAAUGGAUCAUUAUUUUAUAUUCAAUACAUUUUUCUCUUUUUCUUUU